GCAGGCUUGCAGCAGCAGCAGCCGCAACAAUCGAAAAGGGAAGCCAUGGGAGGAAGAACACUCCCCAACCUCUCCUUCUCCUCAAAAACCUUCCUCUCUCAAUCUCUCUUCUCUUCCUCCAAAUCAUACUUCACCUACAAGCUACCAUCAUCACCAUUCAAAUCCAUGCCCCUCCUAUCAUCAUCACCGUUCAAAUCUUCACCCCUCAUAGCAUUUACACCCCGUUGCUUCUCCACGACAACCACCACCACCACACUCGACCCAGACCUCCAGCUCCAGCCCAUGCGCCACUCUCUACUACUUGAAAAGCUCAGGAUCAGACACCUCCGAGAUUCUGCUAAAAACCCACAGCCCCAUCGAACAACUGCUUCCGCUCCCGUCGGCAGGGAGAAAAACGAUGCAGAUAAGAAGAAGAAGGGCGCGGCGAUGGUCUUCUCCAGCUUCGGGGAGCUGGGUCUUGAGGAUGAGGUGAUGGGGGCCGUCGAGGAGAUGGGCAUUUCCGUCCCCACCGAGAUUCAGGGCAUCGGAAUUCCCGCCGUUCUAGAAGGGAAGAGUAUCGUGUUGGGGUCUCACACCGGCUCUGGGAAGACUCUUGCUUACAUGUUGCCUCUUGUCCAGUUAUUGAGACAGGACGAAGCAUUUUCUGGCAUGCUGAUGAAACCCAGGCACCCUCGAGCUGUUGUAUUGUGUCCUACAAGGGAGCUGUGUGAGCAGGUGUUUCGUGUAGCGAAGUCUAUAAGUCAUCAUGCACGAUUUCGUUCUACCAUGGUAAGUGGAGGUGGUCGCUUACGACCUCAAGAGGAUUCAUUGAAUGUCCCAGUUGACAUGGUGGUUGGGACUCCAGGGAGGGUUCUUCAACAUAUCGAAGAGGGGAACAUGGUUUAUGGUGACAUAAAGUACUUGGUGUUGGAUGAGGCAGACACCAUGUUUGAUCGUGGCUUUGGUCCCGACAUUCGCAAGUUUCUAAGCCCAUUAAAGAACCGUGCACUGAAACCUGAUGAUGAGGGAUUUCAGACUAUUUUGGUCUCUGCGACCAUGACAAAGGCAGUGCAAAAGUUGGUUGAUGAGGAAUUUCAAGGAAUAAUCCACUUGCGCACAUCAACACUGCAUAAGAAGAUUGCAUCUGCUCGACAUGAUUUUAUCAAACUUUCUGGCACUGAAAACAAGCUGGAGUCACUGCUUCAGGUUCUUGAGCCAAGUUUGUCAAAGGGAAACCGGGUGAUGGUCUUUUGUAAUACUCUGAACUCUAGUCGUGCUGUGGAUCACUUUCUCACAGAAAAUCAAAUUUUUACUGUUAAUUACCAUGGGGAGGUACCAGCAGAACAAAGGGUUGAAAAUCUCAAAAAGUUUAAGAGUGAAGAUGGUGACUGCCCCACAUUGGUUUGCACAGACUUGGCUGCUCGAGGACUGGACUUGGAUGUUGAUCAUGUUAUCAUGUUUGACUUUCCAUUGAACUCUAUUGACUACCUCCACCGCACUGGAAGAACAGCUCGUAUGGGAGCGAAAGGCAAAGUGACAAGCCUCGUUGCCAAGAAAGAUCUGGCUUUGGCCACCCGAAUCGAGGAGGCCAUGAGGAAGAACGAAAGCCUGGAAUUGCUGACGGCAGAUAAUGUCAGAUGGGAAGUGGCCAAGACUCGAAUGAAUGAUCACAAGGGAAAGAAACCAAAUCUAGUGAAAGUUUCAAAUCAGAAAACCAAGGGUAAAAGUGUGCCGACAAAGUCAUCCAAAUCCAGCGGGAAGGCAGUUCAAACAUCAGCCCGUAAAACUUCAGUAGUAACCAAGACGGGGAAAGCAUCCGCACCGUCCAGAACAAGGAAAGCAGUCACAGUUUCAAAGCCAUUGAAGUCUUCGGCAAGUAGCUCAAGGAAAGAAUCUAUGAAUGGGAAGAAGCGAACAGAAAGUAGAAAAUCAAAUGCUGUGAAGUCUACCCCAUCAAAGCUCAACAUUGUUGGAUUUAGAGGACGCAGUUCAUCUAUGAAGAAACAAUCGUCGCGGCUCAGCUAAUGUGAGUAGAAUUUUGAGAUGUUUUCUGCCUCUUUAACCCAUGUAAAUGCUCUCAUGCACUUGGUUGUGUUUCAGUUGAAAGAAUGUUUUAUUUCUUC